CAAAGUGUUGUCGCUGUUCUUGCCUGGCAAAAGUCGCCCUCGGCCAGGAAGUUGCGAAACAAUUCACGAUGCGCUCCUCCCAAGUCAACAGGCGGCAGCCUGGCCUCUUGUCCAUCUUCAUUCUUCUCUCCUUCGCUCUGUUGGGCCUCUGCUCUCACCAGAACCAUCACCACCAGCAUAUUCACAGAGCUUUGGCGAACAGCAGACAGCAUGUCAGCCAGCCUCAGGUAGCCAGAGCUGACACUUCACCACCGGCCGGUUUCGCCAUCGCCGCCGUCGAUGAUGACCCGUACACAUGCGGGCCAGGCAAGCCCUGUUCCAACGGCGCUUGCUGUGGCGCCUCUGGCAACUGCGGUUACGGCCCGGUGUACUGCGGCUCAGGUUGCUCAUCCAACUGCGAUGCCACGGCCGAAUGCGGCCAAUUCGCCAAAGUCCCGGGAACAACAUGCCCCCUCAACGCGUGCUGCAGUGAAUUCGGGUUCUGCGGCACGACAACGGACUUCUGCAAGCCUGGCUGCCAGUCAAACUGCAUCCUCGAACCCAAGCCCCCAGGUGGCUCUCCCACGGGUGCUUCUAUGGACAGAGUGAUUGGAUACUACGAGUCCUGGAGCUACCGAUCCAAGUGCAAUCAGAAAUCACCAACUGAUCUGCCCCUGAAGGAGCUCACACAUCUCAACUAUGCAUUCGCCUUUGUCGACCCCAACACGUACGAGCUGACGACCAUGGACAAGGAGACGACAGAGGAUCUAUGGCAGCUGACAGUCGACACCAAGAAGCACAACAUCAACCUCAAGGUCUUCGUCGCAGUCGGCGGAUGGACAUUCUCAGACAACGGUACCGUCACACAACCUCUUCUCGGCGAGAUUGCGCGGUCUCAGGCCAACCGCCAGAAGUUUGCUGCCGGCGUCGUGCGGUUCCUUAACAAGUACGGUUUCGACGGUCUUGAUAUUGAUUGGGAAUAUCCUGGUGCACCAGACCGUGGCGGCAAGCCUGACGAUACCGCGAAUUUUGUUUUGCUCAUGAAGUCGCUGAGGGAAGCAUUUGACGCCUCGCCACGAAUGCUAGGGUUGACCUUCACUAUUCCCUCUUCCUUCUGGUAUCUGCGGUGGUUCGACAUGCCGGGUCUGUUGAAAUAUGCGGACUGGACCAACUUGAUGAGUUACGAUCUUCACGGCAGCUGGGACAGCUCCAACCCCAUCGGCUCUAUCGCCCAAGCCCACACGAACCUGACUGAGAUCGACCUGGCCACCCAACUGCUAUGGCGAGUAGGCGUGAAGCCCGAGCAGGUGACACUGGGCUACGGCUUCUAUGGCCGUUCCUUUGAGCUGGCAGACCCCGAGUGCACAGCGCCCGGUUGUGCCUUCAAGGGCGGCGCCAAGGAGGGCCCUUGCUCGAAGACCUCGGGUGUGCUCAUGUACUACGAGAUCCAGGCUAUCCUGAAACAACUGCCCAACCUCAAGCCGGUGUUUGACAAGAAAGCAGCGGUCAAGUACCUCACGUUUGAUAACAACCAGUGGGUGUCGUACGACGAUGCCGAAACAUUCAAGAUCAAGAAGGAGUGGGCCAACAACAAGGGCAUUGGUGGCUCCAUGAUCUGGGCCGUUGACACGGAUGACGACAAGUUCUCGGCCAUGAGCGGCCUGCUGGGCCGCAGCGUGAGCCACGUUGACACCAAGACCGUGGUUGCACUCAAGCAGACAUCUGAAAACGUCGCCUCGUCGCUGCAGGGCGAGAACGGGCAAGGCUGCAAAGCCCUCACCAACCUCGCGUGCAGGCCCGUCGCCGAGCUGUCCUGCGGCACAGGAGAGACCAUGAUCGGGUGGGACCGCGAUGGGUGCAAGUCGGACAAGCAGGGCAAGCCCAUCUGCUGCCCCGGCGACAAGGCGCCCAAGAAAUGCACAUGGCGAGGCAGCGGCAACGACGGGGGUGUAUGGGGUGACUGCAAUGGCCAGUGCCACGCUGGCGAGUCCCGAGUCUUGUCAUCGCGGUGGGGAGGCGGUCCUGAGAAGGACCGCGAGUCUGAUCCGUACGUGUGUGCCCGAGGCAAGAAGGUCUUCUGCUGCGAGGCCGGCGACUACAAGAACGUCGUCAGCGGGUGCCGCUGGACUCCCUGUCUGGGCCCCAACAGCUGCGACCCGAACACGGAGAUCGAGGUGGCCAGCAAGAAGGGCUCGUGCCCGAUGAGUGCCGUGCCCAAGUACUGCUGCCCUCGCAACACGGCCCUCCACGACUGCAAAUGGCGCGGCACGUCGCCCGACUGCGUCGAUGCCAACUGCCUGAUGAAGGACGGCGACAAGGAGGUCAACGAGGUUCAGGUCGAUAAACAGUCGGGCGGUGACUCGUGGAACCUGUGCAGCUGGGACCGCGAGAAGGCUCUCUGCUGCCAGGUCAGCAAGCCGCUGCCCAAGCCCUUGACCUGUCCAAUGACAACAUGCGAGUUUGAGCCGUCGGCCUGCCUUGAUGAUGCCUCUCGCCCACUCGAGAACCCAGCUCCAGAGGAAAGUGGUGGCCACGACGAGUUGCGGAAGCUGGAAGAACGUGGCGGCGGGAGACCUUUCAGCUGGAUCCCCAAAAGUUUGGUGCCAAUCAGGAUGAGGUCUCUUCGCUAUGUCGAAAGGCCACGACUCUGGGAAGUCGCGCAGCAAGAACCCCGACCCAGUGGUGCGCCGGACCGAUGGUUUGGCCGGCACUCGGAGCGGUGCGAGAACACUCAACUAGAAUCACGCCCUAUCGAGGAAGGCGAAGAUCAUACGAUGCCAGAAGGCAUCCAGGUCGAGCACGCAGUGCCCCUUGUUACACACCCACGCUUCGCUGCUGUCGCACACUGGGGCCGACACUGGGCUCCCAGCGGUCCGCAAACCCAGAGAUAUCCACAGUCGACAGCUAUGACCCGGACUCCGGCCAUGAGCGAAGACUUCUGGCGCAACGUUUGGAAUGCUGCGGACGCCCUGCCGGCGGGCCUCCCGCGCGUGACCCCCGACUCGGCCGAUCUCAGAAGGCCCGCAGAUCGCAUCUGGGAAGCCCUGGGCGCCAAUCAGCAUAUUGCCCCUUUUACCUUCCUCGAGGCCGUCUUCAACGGUCACAAGGGCCGACUCGAAAUGUUCAACCGUCCCCAGGCGCCGGCAGUCCUUAGAACCCAUCUCAACAAUGCAGUCAACGGUAACAACAUGACGGCGGUCAACGCCAUGCUCGCCCCGUUGCGCGAGACUCGAGGUCUUUUCCAAUACCUUCGCGACGACACUGUCAUGACCAUCAUGGACAACACCGCCUCGUCCAUCCGCACUCAGCUCCAGAUCAUCGAGCGCAACCGCGUCGACGCUGCGGGCCUGACGGCACACUGGGACGAGUUCUACGGGCACUACUAUGCCCAGGUAUCCAUGUUUGCCCGUGACUGGGCCGCCGAGCAUAUCAACACCAUCAGGACCCGGUACAACGCGAAUCCUCUGGCGACGGAUCACGACGAGGUGCUGAAGGUGCUCAAGGAUAUUGAAGAUGAUGUCAAAAACUGGAAGUAUGGAUUCGAGGAUUGAGGUGAUGAUGCGGUGUCUGUAUCUAUUUGUUCUUUUCUGAGCACCAUGAGGUUCAAGAUAGCUCAAAGCACAAACGAUGGAUAUCUUCAUAAUGUGCAUUCUACUCUAACUAGUCCCAAUAGGAUGACUGUUUCCUCGUUUUAGAAAAAGUGUUUUUCAAUGGCAAGAAACAGUUCCAGAGA